AUGAAAGAUGUAAUGAUGAAGAAUAUUGGGGAAGAGUUCAACAUCAAUAAUGUCCCUUUGCCGGAUUACGAUCCAGUGGAUAUGAGUUUACUGCUUGGUGCUGAGUUCAAGUAUGAUGAGUCCGAAAGUGCUUUUUCGAAAUUCAAACGUGAGGUACGUGAGGAGGUGGCAGCUUGCGUUCAGAGAGGCGAGGUUUUGUUGCAGGAAAGUGAGGUCGCAAUGCGUGACUUCAAGGAUCGAGGUAUUUUCCUGCACUUUUUUAUGUGCUUUUGCUGGGAGCAAAUAUUUUUUUUCACUUCCAUGGGCUUAUACGAAAGGAUGUUAUUAUUUCAUUAUUAA